AUGUCUCUCUUUGAACCUGGUCCGGUGAAGCUUACUCUCUUGGCGCUUCCCUUCAAUGGGUGGUUAGCAUCUCUUCCGAAGGAGGGUACCCGGCUGGUCUACACUGCUCCUAACGAAGCACUUAAAAUCGACAAUGACAAGGUGGAACUCAUUCGCGGGGGUUCUGUAAUAAAAAAAAUGUCCUUUGCCGACCCUGUGAUAACGGCAUUCUUUACAUGCUUUGGAGACUCGAGCUCUUCUGGAGAAAUACAAAGAGCUCUCACUGUGGUUUUGAAGGAGUACGCCAAAGUGUACUAUGAUAACGGAUCUCAGCAUAUAAUCAGCUUUCCGUUCGUUGUUAAAGGUGCGUUUCCUUUUGAAAAAGGGAUUAUAAUUCAGCGAGAUGAUUUGACUAGUGGUGAGACAAAUGACAAUAUUGUUGAAGAGGACGUGGAAUCACGUUUCACAAAUGUCCAUAAGUACCCCAAGGGUAUAAAUUUCUAUACGUUAUUGGAUCCGCUUGGUGAACUUGGCCUUGUUGCUUCAUCUUCAACUUCAUCAUUUGAUCCCACAGAAUCAUUGUUGUACUUUCCACCAAGUGCUGAAAGCACACUGUGUGCUACCUUCAAGGCUGUUGAUUCGACAGUCACCAUAUACCAUGUGCGAUACUUGAGCCAUAGCUAUAAGACCAAUUCGCCUUUGGAUGCUGCCCAAAGAAGUUCACUUCGCCGCCGUUCAAGCGUCAACUCGGGUAAUCUAGCAACGCCAAAUACACCCAAGGUUGUUGACGCAGAGAGCAGCAUCCAGUACACAUCAAAAAAACGCAUAUCAUCACAUUUGAUGCUAUCUAUGGACAGAAUGGCUUCUGGUGCUGAGAGCAUAUCGGACUCGAAAGGCACAUCAUCUUCAUCUUUUGACUCAUCCAAAUUACGAAAAGAUGUGAUUUUGACCAAGCUUCACUCUUUCAGCCAGUCUCGGUCCCAGCCUUUGAAAGUUGACUCAAUGAAAUACGAAGACCAAGAGGCUCUGGUUUUCUUAAACUCGACGCUCCAGAAACUUGCAGUUCUAAUUUUUGAGACAUCUACUGGCCAGGUAGGACUGCCUUCCCAGAAGACCGUCUUUGACUUCAAUGCUUUAGACUAUCUUGCAUUGACGAAAGAGACUGGUCAUACAGGCACUCUCUUGGUGUUGAAACAGGAUUCUGCUUUGACUCUGGUUAAUCCUUUCUUGAAACUUUCGAGUUCUUCUUCUCAUCAGUACAAGGCUCCUAUCCAGAGAUUAGUAUCUGGAUAUGCUGAUAGGUUUGUCUAUAGUACUUCCGAGGGAAAGACAUACACCGCCAAUCUGCUUGUGGUCCCAACUGACACGCUGGUGAUGACUCUUCUGAAAUCUUUGAAAUACGCCGCGAACGAUUAUGUGCAUGAAUUUGUGUGGUUGAGAUGGUGUUCGGUGGUUUCUUCUGUCCCAGGAUGUGAUGACUGGACUGCAUUUGUGUCGACAAUGCUUUCUCUGCUGACACCCGAGGAGGCUAACUUUGAUGAGGAACUCUUGGACGUCAAUCUGGUGACCAGAUGUCUUUUGUUUGCGAGGACGGCUAGUCUGGAAUGUGAGCCAAGCCGCUAUCCUCUCCAACAGCUAGCACCUACGCUAAUUCUGGCAUUCCACCUCAUCCACGAGGAUCUGAAGUUGAACAUAUUGCAGGACCAAUCUUUGACCAAGCUUGGUGUUUUCCUGAAGCAGAUGACAAUAUGGAUGGGAUGGUCGAAUAAUUGGAGAAACCAUUAUGUCAAUAAUGAAAGGUUUGACACCAAAACGCGUUUCGAAGUUCUGCCUGAACCAUUACAGAAACCACCACAACUGCUCGCUUCACUAGCAAGUCUUUUCACGAGCCAUAUUGUUCCAUAUGUUUCCUUUUCACAGGUAGCAGAGGAGGAUUACUCUGUUGAUGAACUCAUAACUCCAAGGACAUUCUAUGUUCUUCGACUACUUGAGAUAGUUGUCUCUGCUGACUUUGGUUACGACCAGGUGAUAAAGAUGAUGGUAGAGUAUGGUAUCACCGCCGCAGACUUGGAAACCUACCCUGCAGGAAUUUACUUUGUGUUGCAAAAUGCGAUUUCUGAGUGUCAGAACGAACCACCGCUGGACUGGCUGGGUGACGAGCUUCGAGUCAUUGGAAGAAAAGAUAUAUGCCGGUUCGCCAGUGGAAACAGCUUCUUGAUCACCAUCUCAAAUGCAGAAAUGGGCGAACAAAGAAGCAAGAAGGAUGUUCAUCAACUUCUUCAGAGUGGUCCCGAAUUGGAAUCUGUUUUGGCUUGGGAUAACCAAGCUGAGGCCGACAGGCUGGCGGUGACUAAGCUGAUUUUCAGCGAAGACAGAAGGUUCUAUGAGAUCACUAGGCUCCUCCAAUCUUCCAGGGUGCAAGUGAAGAACUACGUGCCUUCUGCUGAAGUAUCAGAGCAUGCUCACCUCAUGGAUAUCCGCAGAAUAUGUGCUAUAAUCGCUCUGAGGACACUUACCGCACCCAUUGGAAGAGCUGCUUUGUUCUUCAACAGCAGACGACCUUUGACUACGGAGAAGUUUCCGAUCCCCAAAAUGAACUUUAGUUGCAUGAUCAAACCGGCUGGAACCACGGUUACGUUGGACAGCAAUCCUUUGUCGGGAGAGCUGAUGGACUGGGGCCACUUUCACAAUGGAGCAUCUUCAGGAAUGACCGUCGCUCGUGAUGUUGCAGACAUAUCCGAAGGUUGGAUUGUCUUCAAUAAGCCCCGGUCCUUGAACUCCCAGCAUGCUGGAUUUUUGCUCGGUCUCGGCUUGAAUGGGCAUUUAAAAAGUUUGCAAGAAUGGCAAAUAUAUAACUACCUGGGUGCGAAGCAUAACCACACGAGUAUUGGCUUGCUCCUGGGUAUGUCAGCGAGUUUGAAAGGUACAAUGGAUACGAAAUUGACCAAAGUAUUGUCUGUUCAUAUUGUUGCACUGUUACCAGAAGGCUCCACAAAUCUCAAUGUUGCAUUGCCUGUUCAAAUUGCUGGUCUCGUUGGCAUUGGUCUGCUUUACUUGGAAAGUCAACACAGACGCAUAACCACUGUGCUGCUUAGUCAAUUGGUAGCCACGACCGUGACUGGAGAGCAGGAACUCGCUUUUGAAGCUUAUCGUCUUGCUGCUGGUAUUGCUCUAGGAUUUGUUAACCUGGGAAAGGGCGACCUUCUCAAAAGCGGUGAUUCCUCAAUAGUUGACAAGCUUCUUUCUGUGGGACUGUCUUUGAAAGAUAUUCAAACAGAACAGAAGCUUGACAAGUCUGCUGGAGGUGCUAUGAUGGCCCUUAUGUUUAUGUUCAUGAAAACUGAAAACAUGGCCAUUGCCGAAAAACUCGGGGCUCCACCAACUGCUCAGCUGUUAGACUACAUCAGACCCGACAUUUUGCUGCUGAGAUGCUUGGCCCAAAACAUGAUUUUGUGGAAAUCUAUCACUCCAUCCCUGACAUGGAUCUUCUCGCAUGUGCCAUCAUAUUUGUCUUCUGAGUGGGACCUGGAGUCUAUCAACACUUUAGACAGCGAUAUCCUCGCUUAUCUAAACAUUCUAGCUGGUGCAUGUAUGUCUCUGGGUGUUAAGUAUGCUUCCAGUGGCAAUGCGCAAGCAAAGUCGGUUCUACUUCAUGUGCUUGACCAAAUGAUGAGACUUUCCGAUCUACCUGGCUCAACCUUUGACGAAAUCACCACCAUUUCGGGUGUAAACAACGUCAGAGACAUUGUACUGAUUAGUUGCUCUCUGGUUAUGGCAGCGACUGGAGAUUUGGAUGUGUUUCGCAGAGCGAGGGUCAUACAUGAUCAGACAGAUAAGGAUACAGGAUAUGCCGUUUUUAUGAGCACAAACAUGGCACUGGGUUUCCUGUUUUUGGGAGGAGGUCAGCAGGCGUUUGAUGUCGCAACAAGCACUGGUGUUGCAAUGCUUCUGACAUCAAUCUAUCCUGUUUUCCCUCGAGGCAGCUUGCAAAGUGUUGAUGUUCAUCUCCAAGCUCUCAGGCAUUUCUGGUGUUUAUCUGUUGUUCCGAGAUGUCUGGUUGUGAGGGAUGUUGAGACAGACCAACCGGUACAGAUCGCCAUUGAGAUUGUCUCCACAAAUGGAAAAACCAUAAAUCUCACAGCUCCCUGUCUUCUUCCCGAUGUCGACCAAAUAGCCCAACUUAGAACCAUAUCGGAUGGCUAUUUUCCAACUCUACUCGAUUUCGAAGCAAAUCCUCGACACAAAGAGCUUUUCCUGAAAGAGCUCGCCAUCUAUGUUUACAGCAAAAGAGAAUAUAAAGACUUGAAGCUACCAUUUCAGGCAUUACUGAAAGAGGCCGAGAAAGAAGGUGUUGUUCUGGGGUUGGCCCCAUUCAAAGAUUUACAAGUUCUCCAACCUCUGACUCCCUUUGAACAGAGUAUGGUUUUGCAGUGCGGUGAUGAGCAGCCGAAGCUUCGUGAGCUUAGAGGCGCAGAAUCUACAGUAUCGGAUUUCAAACUAGAGCUUGUCCGCAAUGUAGAUCCUCGGACUGUGGACGAUCUGUGGAACAUGAAGGUGAUAUUCAACUACACGGAUAGGAUAAUGAGCGAGGGAGGGAUGUUUUUAAAUAUAAAGUUCAUCGAGAGUCUCAAGACGAGGCUCUGGCACCUAACUAGGGGAAUUUGA